AUGUCCAGCAACGACCGUCAACCCACACCCAGCGAGGAUUGGAGCGUCAUCUCCAGAGCGGAGGCGAGCGACUUCGUCGACGAGACUCACACGAAGGGGAGAAAACCUCACUUCAAUGAUGAUAAUAUCCCAUCGGGUCGUAUCGGUCACGAUGCUGCAACCUCGUUCGAAGAGGAGCUCGACGCCGUUGCCCACACCCAACGGGCCAUGUCCAACGAGGACUCCACCGAGACCGCCGGGACCGAUGACACCCAGAUCCGGGUUGAUGACGCCGCCGAUCAAGCCUUGUUGAUGCAAGCAACCCCUUCCAACUUUACCCCCAACGCCACAUCCCCCUCACAGGCCGCCUCCACCCCUGACACCCUCACUCUCUCCUUCGCCAACAUGGAGCUCCACCAGGGCAUCUGCUCCCACGAUGUCGAGCGCUGGGUGGGCGGUGCUGGUGCUCGCCGUCUCGUCCAGCACCACGCCCCCGUGAAGAAGGGAUACUCAUCCAGCGUGGCAAGCACCAGGAGCGUUGUUAGCAACAGCAGCUGGACCCACAUGAUGGAACCCAUUUCCAUGAACGAGCAACUGAUGUUUGCUGGAGAUUGGAGCAACGAGGCUCUCGCUCCCUAUGGUGCUCCGCACCCCGCUGGCAAUUAG